AUGUCCUCAUCGCCACCCCAGCCAGCGACUGCGGAUACUGGCUAUAUCACACAACCAGUCCCGCUUGAGAACACUUACACGACGGAUCCCAGUCUCAAGCGUCUCUUGAAAUGGUAUAUUCCGGCCACUACACUUGACGCGGUCGAGUCACAAUUCAGCCAACUCGGAGCGGAGGCUAUCUCAGAGCAAGUACGAGAGUGGAGUGCCGAUGCGGAGCGCAAUCAGCCAUAUGUAAAAAGCCACAAUGUCUGGGGUAAACGGUAUGACUUCGAUCGCCUGGUCACUGCAGCCGGAUGGAAGCAGCUGGGGAAAUGGGGAGCUCGUCGCCGAAUUGUAUCGGCAGGGUAUGACCCUUCACUGGGCACAGAUCGGAGAACUGUGCAAUAUGCAUUCAUGACAGACGGUGCUGCGUUCAUACUCACGUCCAAGAUCAACGACUUGCCGUCUUCUCAUCCGUUUCAAGUCGUGUACAAGGGUCUCAUUUCGGAGACAGAUGAUCAUUGGACCUCAGGGCAGUGGAUGACGGAACGAGCAGGCGGUAGUGAUGUCCAAAACACCGAGACAUGGGCAACGUAUUCGCCUCUACCAGAGGGUUCGGGCGUUGAUUCCUUAGGCGAUGGUGAUUACUUGAUCAAUGGGUUCAAAUUCUUCUCAUCUGCGACUGAUGCCAAUGUCGCCUUGCUCCUAGCAAAGACCCCCUCCGGGAAAUUGAGCACGUUCUUAGCGCCCCUUCGAAGGACCGUGACAGAUUCGAAUGGCGUAUCACGUCAAAUUUCGAACGGGGUUCGCAUUCAUCGCUUGAAGAAUAAACUCGGCACCAAAGAGCUUCCGACUGCUGAAUUGGAACUGCGAGAUAUGAGAGCGCAUUUGGUGGGAGCAAUUGACCAGGGAGUUGUUACGAUUGCGCCUCUUCUGAACAUCACUCGCAUUCACACAUUCAUCGGAUCCUUGUCCGGCUGGCGUCGUGCGAUCAGCAUCACCAAGAGCUUUGCAAAGGCUCGUACAACGGUGGGUGAGCCUCUUUGGCUCAUUCCCAUGCAUCUGCGUCUGCUGGCAGAUCAAGAGGUCAAGCAUCGCGGUGGAAUGAAUCUCGGUUUCUUCACGGUGGCUGUUAUGGGAUUAGUUGAGAAUAAAGCGACUCGGCCUUCUGAGCAUGCCCAUAUGCCGAAGCCAGGUCGAGAAGCCGAGAUUGUCUUUCGAACCUUGACCGCCACGACCAAAGCUGUUGUAAGCAAAAUGGCAGUCUACGGCAUUCAAGAGUGUCAGGAGGCCAUGGGUGGUGUGGGCUAUAUGGACGAGGCCGAUGAGCCCGAGUUCAAUAUCUCGCGAUUGCUGCGCAACACAUCUGUCAAUUCGAUCUGGGAAGGGACUACGAACGUGCUCGCGAGCGAAAUGAUCCGGUUCUUGCUCAAGGCGGACCACUGGGACGUGUUUUCUACCUGGGUUCAGCGCCUUUUGGCCUUGGUCCGCACAACGUCACAUCAUGAAGCGUUGACUGCAGCCUGGUCCGCGCUGACCACCAGAUUUGCUCUCGGAAAACAAGCUCCAACGGCGAUUCUGGCCGACGCGCGUCGAUAUAUGUUCACAGUGGCCUGGAUCCUAUGCGGUCUUCUUCUAGUCAUCGACGCCGAGCGCGACAACGACCCUGUGAGUAAGGAGAUCGCUCGUCGCUGGGUGCUCAGCACCGAGGGUGGUGUUGGCGAUAUGGUGUUCCAUGACAUUGUCGCUGUUCGGCAUGACGCGAGGGAGCUGCUGGACAGAGACGGGGAGACACAUCUCCAGUGGGAUUGCAAGAUUGCUUGGGGAGUAAAUCUUCCUGCAAAUCGGGCCUCUGGACAUCGAUCUCUGCAGGGGACAAGCUCGAAGCUGUAG